UUUCCGUGUGUAUCUUGUAAACAAGUAGGGAGCCACGUGACAGGCUGAAGGAAGGUUUAGCUUCACACAGUCGAGCAUUUUCUAUUGAAACAAAUUCGUUUGUCAGCUGCAAGCUUUUUACCGCUGCACCAGCCCAGCGAAGGGGCUGUCGAUCUCUGAUGCACGUUAAUAUUAGAAACAUUGACUACGAUUAAAAUAAAUAUCGCUGUAUUAUAGUCGUUCUGCAACCAUCUUUUUUCAUAUCAUGACUCCUGGGGCGCCCGUUAUUAAUGAAAAAGUCUUGCAGUAUGAGAUAUUUAUCAAUGAAGUAUUGAAACGAGACUUACAGAAAGUAUUGGAGCAAAGAGAUGCUGUGUAUGAGAAAAUAGCACAAUACCUUCAGCUGAAGAAUACAAUUAAAAGCAUUCAGGAAACUGACAGCAAGGAGCUCAAAACAGAUGUUGACCUUGGCUGCAAUUUCUAUGUGCAGGCUCACGUACCUGAUGCAUCAAAAAUAUAUGUGGCAGUUGGAUUUGGAUUCUUUGUCGAAUUCACACAUGCAGAGGCUUUGAAGUUCAUAGAAAAGAAGACGAAUCAGCUAACGGAGUGUACUGAGGUCCUUACCAAAGAUGCAGCAAAGAUAAAGGCCAACAUCCGCAUGGUUCUGGAGGGAUUGAGGGAAUUACAAGGUCUGAAAGAUCUUCCAGAGGCCAGAAGGAGAGAGGUGUUUUAGUACAGUACACCAAUCACAGCACAGUGUAUUUAAUUUGCACAUGACUGUAAUGUUUGUUUCAAACAAUGUGAAUUUUAUGGCAGUCCAUUUUAGAGGAAAAUUGCCUUUUAACAGGUUAUACUGUUGUUUUGAAAAUUUUGCUGAAUAAAUUGUAACAUUUUCAGUACCAACCAUCAGUGGCAUUGUGAUCAUUUUAAAUAACUAUAUCACUGUACACACAAUACAUUAACACAUCGCCUUUUUAAACCUUCAUAUAACAUUAGACAGUCUAUAUGAAAUAUGA